AUGCAGCCCCCAGAUUAUGACAAGAUAUCCGCUCUCACGGAUAAAUCUGUAUCCCCCACUUUUCAUGCCACCCAAAGAAAACAGAUCCGAAAAUUCCAACGCCUCAUUUCUUUUGGCAAGAAGAGAAUGGACAGAGCCUCACGUAACACGUCCACAAACAAAGGGAACAAUGAUGACAUGAAAAAAGCGAACUCAGUCGUAAACCUCAGCCAACGCCAGCUAUCUAAAACGGAAUCGAAUGUCCUAGCCUUGGGUAUGAAUUUUGCCACUACCCCUAGCAAGAUCCCGGUGGAAGAGUUCAUACAAUCGAUUGAACCUUCUAUCCACAAGAUGGAUAAAGAAAAGGCAGACAACAUCCGUAUCCAAAUACACCAAGUCUUGAAGCACUCAAAGCCACCCAAAUCCAAUAUAACAAGACUUGAACACCAGGCUAUCAACAGCCUCCGCAAUGAUUCUUCGAUACACAUCCUAAAGGCAGACAAGGGUAAUGCAAUUGUCAUAAUGGACCGCACGGAGUAUGACCAUAAGGUUCAGGAUAUCCUCAACACAGAUACCUAUACCUGCCUCAAGAAAAAUCCCAUUCCAGCAGUCGAAAGGAAAGUUGCUGCCAAACUACUCUCCUUAAAUCGUAGCUCAGCCUUACCGACUCCAUUAUACAGGCAUCUUCGUCCAUCCAGCUCGAAAUGCCCAAGAUUCUUUGGCUAA